UUUUCAAACGCAAGCGAAUCGGCGAGAAACAUGGCGGACGUCGCCGCACGUUCGCUUCAGUACGAGUACAAAGCAAACUCUAACCUCGUCCUCCAGGCCGACACUCGUCUCAUCGAGCGUAGGCCCCGCGAUGAGGCGACAGGCGAAGUCGUAUCGCUCGUCGGGAAGCUCGAGGGCUCCCGCAUGGGAGACCGCUACCAGCGCACCAAACCCAGCAAAGACGAACGCAAGUCCAAGAAGCAGCAGCAGCAGAAAAAGGCGUCCGACGAAAGUCGGUACGACGCCGCCAAGCUGAAAGGGCAGUCCCUGCUCUCGGAAGGCGUCGAAGACGUCGUCGGCAUCCUGUACCGGCCCAAGACUACAGAGACCAAGCAGACGUACGAGGUUCUGCUAAGCUUCAUCCAAGAAGCGCUGGGCGAUCAGCCUCGCGACAUCCUCUGCGGUGCCGCCGACGAAAUCCUCGCGGUGCUAAAGAGCGACCGCAUCAAGGAGGGUGAACGUCGCAAGGAGACCGAAGCGCUGCUCGGAUCUGUCGCCGAAGAGCGGUUCGCGCUGCUUGUGAACCUGUGCAAAAAGAUCACCGACUAUGGCGUCGACGAAAAGCAGCCCGUCGUCGAGGAGAACAUCGACGAAACGUACGGCGUCAACGUGCAGUUCGAGGAGUCGGACGAAGAGGACGACGAGAUUGUGGGCGAGGUUCGCGAGGACGACUCGAACGACGAGGCCGAAGGAGAAGAGGCCCACCUGGACACCACACUGCAAGCGACCAACCUGAUAGCCGGCCGCGAAGGGGGGCGAAAGGGCUCCAAGGCGGGGCUGCACCCGCGAGAGAUCGACGCCUACUGGUUGCAGCGAAAGCUCAGCAAGUUCUACGAUGACCCUGUCGUGGCUCAGACAAAGGCCGGAGAGGUCCUGGACAUUCUCAAGACGGCUGUUGAUGACCGCGACGUCGAGAACCAACUGGUGCUGCUCCUCGGCUUUAACCAGUUCGACUUCAUCAAGGUUCUGCGGCAGCACCGGCAGAUGAUCCUCUACUGCACUCUCCUAGCAUCGUCCCAGAGCGCCACCGAGCGAUCGAAGUUGCGCGACAAGAUGCAGGCUGACCCGGAGCUGGAGCGAAUCCUGAGGCAGCUUGAAAACACCGACAAGGACGACAUGGUGCAGGAGGAGCGUGAGCGGCGUGCCCAGGCCCGUCAGGCGCGAGUCAACGCCGAGCUGGAGCCCAUGGACAUGGACGAAGACAGUGCGGUCCCCCAGAUGUCUCAGUGCAAGAUGCUGGACUUGGAAGACCUGACGUUUCAGCAUGGCAGCCACUUCAUGGCCAACAAACGAUGCCAGUUGCCCGAUGGGUCUUUCCGUAAGCAGCGUAAGGGCUACGAAGAGAUUCACGUUCCCGCCCUCAAGCCCAAGCCUUUUGAUGCCAGUGAGUCACUCGUCUCGGUUGACAAGCUGCCGAAGUAUGCUCAGCCCGCUUUUGAGGGGUUCCGUAGUCUUAACCGUAUUCAGAGCCGCCUGCACAAAGCUGCGCUAGAAUCCGAUGAAAACCUCCUCCUCUGUGCCCCGACGGGUGCUGGCAAAACCAAUGUAGCCCUGCUCUGCAUGAUGCGGGAGAUUGGCAAGCACAUCAACCCGGAUGGUUCCAUCAACGGGGACGAGUUCAAAAUCAUCUACGUCGCCCCAAUGCGUUCCCUCGUGCAGGAAAUGGUGGGCAACUUCAGCAAGCGACUCAACUCGUACAACAUAACUGUCUCCGAGUUGACGGGCGACCACCAGCUGACGAGAGAGCAGAUCAAUGCAACCCAGGUGAUUGUGUGCACGCCCGAGAAAUGGGACAUCAUUACUAGAAAGGGAGGCGAGCGCACCUAUACCCAGCUCGUGCGCCUCAUGAUCUUCGACGAGAUUCACUUGCUUCACGAUGAGCGAGGUCCAGUGCUGGAGGCCCUCGUGGCAAGAACCAUCCGAAACAUCGAGAUGACCCAGGAGGACGUCAGGCUCGUUGGUCUCAGUGCCACCCUGCCCAACUAUGAAGACGUUGCCACAUUCUUAAGGGUUAACCCGGCCAAGGGACUAUUCUUCUUUGACAACAGCUUUCGGCCCGUGCCGCUCGAGCAGCAGUACAUUGGAAUCACAGAAAAGAAGGCCAUCAAGCGUUUCCAGCUCAUGAAUGAAAUCCUCUACGAAAAGGUCAUCGACAACGCCGGAAAGAACCAGAUUCUCAUCUUUGUCCACUCACGGAAGGAGACUGGAAAGACUGCCAGAGCUGUGCGAGACAUGUGUCUCGAGAAGGACACACUGGGACACUUUCUCCGAGAGGGUUCUGCGUCUACGGAAGUGCUCCGGUCUGAAGCAGAACAGGUGAAGAACCUCGAGCUGAAGGACCUGCUGCCGUAUGGCUUCGGUAUACAUCAUGCCGGCAUGAGCCGUGUGGACCGUACCCUCGUGGAGGACUUGUUUGCCGACCGUCACAUUCAGGUGCUGGUAUCGACAGCUACCCUCGCCUGGGGUGUCAACCUUCCUGCCCAUACCGUUGUCAUCAAGGGAACCCAGAUAUACAACCCUGAGAAGGGACGCUGGGUCGAGCUGGGGGCCCUAGACGUUCUCCAAAUGCUUGGCAGGGCCGGACGACCCCAGUACGACACUAAGGGUGAAGGCAUUCUUAUCACAAAUCACAGCGAGCUGCAAUACUAUCUUUCCCUUCUCAACCAGCAGCUGCCCAUUGAAAGCCAGAUGAUCAGCAAGCUUCCUGAUGUGCUCAAUGCAGAAAUCGUUCUUGGCAACAUCCAAAAUGUGAAAGAUGCAUCCACUUGGCUGGGGUACACAUACCUUUACAUUCGUAUGCUACGUGCGCCGACGCUCUAUGGCAUCUCACAUGACGAGAUCAAGGCGGACCCAUUGCUGGAACAGAGGCGUGCUGACCUAAUCUUCACGGCUGCAGCGCAACUGGAGAAGAGCAACCUGCUCCGCUUCGACAGGAAGUCUGGGAACAUGCAAGUGACAGAGCUUGGUCGGAUUGCCAGCUACUACUACUGCACCUUUGAGACCAUGGCCACUUACAACCAGCUGCUUAAACCCACUUUGAGUGAGAUUGAGCUGUUCAAGGUCUUCUCACUCUCCAGUGAGUUCCGGAACAUCACCAUCCGCGAGGAAGAGAAGCUCGAGCUCCAGAAGCUGAUGGAGCGUGUCCCAAUCCCCAUCAAAGAGAGCAUGGAAGAACCAACGGCCAAGGUGAACGUUCUCUUGCAGGCAUACAUUUCCCAGCUUAAGCUAGAGGGACUUGCCCUCAUGGCUGAUAUGGUGUACGUGACCCAGAGUGCCGCGCGUCUGAUGCGCGCCAUCUUUGAAAUUGUGCUUCACCGUGGCUGGGCACAAUUGACAGACAAGGCACUGAGCCUGUGCAAGAUGAUUGACAAGCGCAUGUGGCAAUCUAUGACGCCACUGCGGCAGUUCAGGAAGGUUCCCGAUGAGGUCAUCAAGAAGGUUGAAAAGAAAAACUUCCCUUGGGAACGCCUCUAUGACCUCGGCGUCAGCGAGAUUGGUGAGCUUCUGAGAAUGCCCAAACUGGGAAAGCUGGUCCACCGGUACGUGCACCAGUUCCCCAAACUGGAGCUGGCCGCCCACAUCCAGCCCAUUACGCGAUCCAUGCUGCGCGUGGAACUGACCAUCACGCCGGACUUCCAGUGGGACGAGAAGAUCCACGGCACGUCUGAGGCCUUCUGGAUUCUCGUGGAAGACGUGGACUCGGAGGUCAUCCUCCACCAUGAGUACUUUCUGCUCAAGAGCAAGUUUUCCCAGGACGAGCACCUCAUCAAAUUCUUCGUCCCUGUCUUUGAGCCACUGCCGCCUCAGUACUUCAUUCGCAUUGUGUCCGAUCGGUGGAUCAAUGCAGAAACUCAGCUUCCAGUAUCAUUCCGGCACCUGAUACUCCCGGAGAAGUACCCUCCGCCUACGGAAUUGCUGGAUCUGCAGCCCUUGCCUGUGUCUGCUUUGCGGAACCCAACAUUUGAGGCUCUGUACAAGGACAAGUUUCCUUUCUUCAAUCCGAUCCAGACACAGGUCUUCAAUGCCAUCUACAGCAGUGAUGACAAUGUAUUUGUCGGCGCUCCAACAGGCAGCGGGAAGACCAUCUGUGCAGAGUUCGCCAUCUUGCGCCUGUUCUCUCAGGCACCAGAAGGCCGUUGUGUGUACGUGACUCCAAAUGAAGCUCUCGCCGAGAUCAUAUACGCCGACUGGACUCAGAAGUUCUCCUUGCAGUUGAACAAGAAGGUCGUGAUCCUCACCGGUGAGACUGGCACUGACCUGAAGCUGCUUGCCAAGGGCAACAUCAUCAUUGGUACACCGGAGAAGUGGGACGUCCUGUCACGGCGGUGGAAGCAACGCAAGAAUGUCCAAAACAUCAACCUGUUCAUCGUGGACGAGCUACAUUUGGUUGGCGGAGAGGAUGGCCCCGUGCUCGAGGUGAUCUGCUCCCGAAUGCGCUACAUUUCCUCCCAGAUAGAGCGCCAGAUUCGCAUACUGGCACUCAGUUCCUCCCUGGCCAAUGCUCGAGACAUUGGCCAGUGGCUUGGAGCCAACAUCAACUCAACCUUCAACUUCCAUCCCAACGUGAGGCCCGUCUUGCUAGAACUGCACAUCCAGGGCUUCAACAUCACUCACAAUGCCUCUCGCCUCUUGUCCAUGAGCAAGCCGGUCUACCAAGGCAUCAUGAGGCAUUCCCCACGAAAGCCAGUCAUCGUCUUUGUGCCGUCACGGAAGCAGACGCGUCUGACUGCAAUCGACAUCCUCACAUACUCUGCCUCAGAAGGUCAGGCCUCCAAGUUCUUGCACUGCACGGAGGACGAUCUUAAGCCUUUCCUGGACAAAAUCACAGACAAGACACUGAAGGAGACAUUGAGCAAUGGAGUGGCAUACCUUCAUGAAGGCUUGAGCCCAGCUGACCAACGCUUGGUGGAGCAGCUUUUCGACAGCGGUGCCAUCCAGGUUGUGGUGGUCUCCCGAAGUCUUUGCUGGGCUUUGUCUUUGUCGGCUCAUCUUGUCAUCAUCAUGGACACGCAGUUCUACAACGGUAAAAUCCAUGCCUAUGAAGACUAUCCUGUGACGGAUGUCCUCCAGAUGGUUGGUAGGGCUAACCGGCCUCUUGUUGACGAGGACGGAAAGUGCCUUCUGUUGUGCCAGUCAUCGAAGAAGGAUUUCUUUAAGAAGUUCUUGUAUGAGCCCCUCCCGGUGGAGAGCCAUCUUGACCACUGCCUGCAUGACCAUUUCAAUGCAGAAAUUGUCACCAAGACUAUUGAGAAUAAGCAGGAUGCAGUAGACUACCUGACAUGGACAUUCCUGUACAGGAGGAUGACACAGAACCCGAACUACUACAACCUCCAAGGUGUCACUCAUCGCCACCUUUCAGAUCACCUGUCAGACCUUGUUGAGAACACACUGAACGAUCUCGAACAAAGCAAGUGCAUCAGCAUUGAGGAUGAGAUGGAUGUCGCGCCUCUUAACCUGGGCAUGAUUGCUGCUUACUACUACAUCAACUACACAACAAUCGAGCUCUUCAGCAUGUCGCUGAACUCGAAAACAAAGAUCCGAGGCCUUCUGGAGAUCAUUAGUUCGGCCGCGGAGUAUGAGAACAUACCCAUUAGGCAUCACGAGGACAACAUCCUCAGGCAGUUGUACAACCGACUGCCCCACAAGCUGACAAACCCGAAGUUCAGUGACCCGCACGUAAAGACCAACCUGCUCCUGCAGGCGCACUUGUCUCGGAUGCAGCUGUCUGCCGAGCUUCAGUCUGACACAGAGGACAUACUCGGCAAGGCCAUCCGGCUCAUUCAGGCCUGUGUAGACGUGCUCAGUUCCAACGGAUGGCUGACCCCAGCGCUGGCAGCCAUGGAACUGGCGCAGAUGGUCACGCAAGCACUUUGGAACAAGGAUUCUUACCUCAAGCAGCUGCCGCACUUCACGGCUGAAAUUGUCAAGCGAUGCCAGGAGCACGGUGUCGAAACCGUUUUUGACAUCAUGGAGCUCGAGGACGAAGACCGCAACAAGCUCCUUCAGAUGACCGACAGCCAAAUGGCAGAUGUGGCAAAGUUCUGCAACCGGUACCCCAACAUCGAGCUCACAUAUGAGAUCCAAGGCAAGGAUCACAUUAGGUGCGGCUCUGCUGUCAACGUCGUGGUCCAGCUGGAGAGGGAAGACGAAGUUGUUGGACCAGUGAUCGCCCCUAUGUUCCCUCAGAAGAGGGAGGAAGGCUGGUGGGUGGUGAUUGGCGAGUCUAAGAGCAACUCGCUCAUAUCCAUCAAGAGGCUCAGCUUGCAGCAGAAGGCCAAGGUAAAGCUCGACUUUGUGGCUCCCGCACCUGGUGACCACACAUAUACAUUGUAUUACAUGAGCGACUCCUACAUGGGGUGCGACCAGGAGUAUAGGUUCACCAUUCACGUUGGCCAGAUGGAGUCAAGAAAACGGAAUGACAGCGACAGUGACUAAUUGUUGCUUGCUGGCAAGAACUGAGCUGGCCUCAGCAUGUUCAUCGGUGUUUUGUUUUCACCUUUUUUUUUGUUUUGUUUUCGGCCUCAUGUGACUGUACAUAGAAUUUCUCAGCACCAUUGUGAAAUAAAAGGGGAAAUCUGUAU